AAGAAAAUUGUUGGAGAGCAAUGACUGAUGUUAAGGAAACUUUGUGUAGGCUUUGCUUUAAAAAUAUAACCGAUAAAAGUUUUGAAGUGAUAAACAACAUUAUCGGAGACAUUCUAGAUGUUCUUUUACUGAAAUUGAAAUUCGAUAACAAGAGCAAUGAGGUUAUAUGUAACGCUUGCAAGAGAAGGUUAGAUAUGGCGUUAGAAUUUAGGUCAAUGUGUCUGAGUACCGAUAACACAAUUAUGCCUUAUGUGGAUAGCGAAAAAAUGUUACAACUAGACUUAAGAGAGGUGUACAUGCGGGAAAAUAGAUGUGAAUUAGUUUGCAGUCAGAAGAUCUGUCGUCUGUGUAUGCACCCAGUAGAAAGUGAGUUUAGGUGCAUACGUAAAGAGGAACUCGAAGCUAUUGAGAAAUUAGCACCUGAAAUGAUUAUAAACAUCAUCAAAGAUCCCAUUCUAUGUAAGCCGUGCUUUGAUUCUCUGUGCACUCAUAACAAUUUCCUGAAAGAUUGCUUAGAGAUAGAAGAAGAAAUUAAAGGUAUUUUUGAUAGCCGAGCUACAGAAAGUCAAAUAGAAACUUUGCCAUCCGAUGUAUUCGUUAAGACUGAAGACUUGGACAAUGGAUUUGAUAUUAAUGAGAUGGAAAUGUCGAUCAAAGCUGAAUGUGUCGACAUAAAAACGGAAGAUGAGGAAACAAGUGACAUGCUUCUGCAGAGUUCCGAUAAUGAACCGUUCGAGAAAACUGACUGUAAAAAUGCGGAAAAAGAAGGAUAUAAAGAUGAGAAUGGAUCAAAAGUGAAAACCAAGCAGAAGCGCAAACUCGACUUAAAAGAAGUGUUCCUGCAGGAAAAGAAAAGUGAAUUAUCUGAUAAUUCAUGCAGUCAGAAAAUAUGUCGACUGUGUAUGCACCCAGUAGAAAGUGAGUUUAGGUGCAUACGUAAAGAGGAACUUGAAGCUAUUGAGAAAUUGACUCCUGAAAUAAUUAUAAAUAUCAUCAAAGAUCCUAUUGUAUGUAAGCCGUGCUUUAAUUCUCUGUGCACUCAUAACGCUUUCCUAAAAGAUUGCUUAGAGGUAGAAGAAAAAAUUAAAGGUAUUUUUGAUAGCCAAACCACAGAAAGUCGAGUAGAAACGACGUCAUCUGAUGUAUUCGUUAAGAUUGAAGACUUGGACAAUGAAUUUGAUAUUAACGAGAUGGAAAUGUCAAUCAAGGCUGAAUGUGUCCACAUAAAAUCAGAAGAUGAGGAAAGGAGCGACAUGCUACUGCAGAGUUCCAAUAAUGAACUGUUCGAGAAGACUGACUGUGAACAUGUGGAAAGGGAAGGAUAUAAAGAUGAGAAUGGAUCAAAAAUGAAAACCAAACAAAAGCACAAAGUAUUGUACAAAUGUGAUAAAUGUACUUACAAAACUGGAAGUGAGAGCCGUUUUAUGUCACACUGUGCGAGACACGAGAACGAUCCAGCACUGUAUAAAUGUGAAUCAUGUGAGUAUGAAACUGGAAGUAAGAAAUCUCUUCAAAGGCACCAAUUGAUUCACAAAGAUUACUCACAGGCCAAAAUGUACAAGUGUAACGACUGUGAUUACAAAGCUAAAUACAAGUGUCUUAUCACGCGACACCAACUGAAACAUAAAACUUCUACACAGGUUCAAAUGUACAGGUGUAACAACUGCGAUUACGAAACAAAAUACAGGACAGCUAUCAAUCGGCACAAACUGAAGCAUAAAGAUCCGUCGCAGAUUCAAAUGUACAGAUGUAACGACUGCGAUUAUGAAACUAAAUACAAGAGCAGUAUCAUACAUCAUCAAAGGAAGCAUAAAGAUCCUACGCAGAUUCAAAUGUACAAGUGUAAUGACUGCGAUUUCAAAACUACGUACGGGAGUCAUAUUACACGACACCAACUGAAACAUAAAGAUCCCUCGCAGAUUCAAAUGUACAGGUGUAACGACUGCGAUUUUAAAACUAAAUAUAAGGGUCAUAUCAAACAUCAUCAACUGAGGCAUAAAGAUCCUUCACAGAUUCAAAAGUACAAAUGUAACAACUGCGACUACGAAAGUAUAUACUCGAGUCAUAUCACACGACACCAACUGAAACAUAAAGAUCCUUCGCAGGUUCAAAUGUACAAAUGUAAUGACUGCGAUUUCAAAACUAAGCACUUGAGAUAUAUCAAACAUCACCAACUGAAACAUAAGGAUUCUUCACAGAUUCAAAUAUACAGGUGUAAGGACUGCAGUUAUGAAACAAAACACAAGACUGCUAUCAAACAUCACCAACUAAAGCAUAAAGAUCCUUCGCAGGUUCAGAUGUACAGAUGUAACGACUGCGAUUUCGAAACUAAAUACAAGUAUAAUAUCAAAAAGCACCAACUCAAACAUAAAGAUCCUUCACAAGUUAAAAUGCACAAGUGUAACCACUGUGAUUAUGAAACUAAAUAUAGUAGUAAUAUUAAAUAUCACAUGUUGAAGAAUAAUUGUACCGGUGUGCUUUGCUAACAACCAAUCAUCGUGGAAAAUAUAGUCAAAACUAGACGCAUAUAAGAGCUACAAGUGUGAAUAUGACACUUCACAAAUAUUGGUAUACGGGGUGUCCCUUUCAUGUUUCAAAAAAUUUGUGUACAAG